UCCCCUAGUUGUUGUACUUUUCAAUCUUGGUCACUAGAUGGCGAUGAGGAGCACAAGCCCCAUUAGUGAUUAAUAGAAGAAGAGACCAAGCCGAUACUGUUUUGCUUUUUUUUUUUGUACUACCGGGUACUUCCUACCUGAAAAGAUCCUGAUGCGUGAGGAACCCCAUCAUCUGUGACAAAAAUGGACCCUGAGGUGUCAGUGCUGUUCCACUGUGCACCCUGGAGAGGCCUGCGGGACUCUCAAGUGGGAGUGGAGGUCUCUGAAAGAUACAACAGGAAGUCAGACUCGGCUCUUGAACGUCACAUAAGUGAAGUUUGGACUGAGCGGCUGUCCAAAGAGCCUUGGCUUUUCAACGGGGCAAAAUUCAGAUUACAUUCUUUUAUCUUGGUCUCUCCAAAUCACCAACCUUCCACCUAUUCCUCCCAUGCCCCCCCAGAACACUCUCUGGAGGGUGUAGGUGACGGGGAUGCACUUUUGGACCAUUCAGACCAAAGAAACAGGCUUCCAAAGACGGAAAAUAACGAUGUCAAACAGCAUAGCACUGGUUUAAUAUCGAUAGUUUCACCCACUAAUGAAGACAGAAAAUCCAAAGGCGGUGCAGCAGAACAUGGCAGCGAGCCGAUCCUCGUCCUGAGACUGGGUCUCACAUCUUACAAGGAAUACUUGGGAACAAACUGGUCGUGUGAUGCAGCAGAGCUUCGUCAGCGUGGACAGGCAGAGUUCAAAGACCCUCUGGCGUUGUUGGCUCAGCCCUUGGGCGUGGGGGCCAUCCUGUGCACGAGUGACGAUCAGGUGGUGUUCAUCAGGAGGAGUCAGAAGGUGGCAGAGGCGGGCGGGCUGCUGGACAUUCCUGGAGGCCACCCAGAGCCCAAGGCAGUUUGUGAAAGUCUGGGUGAGACUGUGAGCGAGGAGCAGAUCACCAUGGUGAUGAUGCAGCGACGGCCGGCUGCUGUUGUCUCAGAGCUAUUUUUCUCAGUGUCUGCUGAGAUCAGAGACGAGGUGAAUGUUGCACUAAGGUUCCUUGGAGCGCCCGUCCUGUUAGGUGUUGCCCUGAAUCACACCAGCGCCGGACGGCCGAGUGCGGAGUUCUUUGUGAGUUGCUCACUAACAUCUAAAGAAAUCCAAGAGUUGUACUGGAAAGGAGGAGCUGAGGCCAACGAGUCCACAGAUGUAGUCUUCCUCAGCAGAGCGGAGGUGUUGCAGCUGAAUAGCAGCAGCCCUCUGUGGUCGGAGCUGUGCCCGUCGGCAAAAGGAGCUGUGCUGCUUUACCAGACGGUGAAACCCGGGAGAGCAGACGACACGACACAACAAGCACACACAUGAUGACGUGAGCUGGUUUUAUUCCCACUAAGGAUCACACUGUAAAAGAUUUAUGUUGAAACACAGCAAAUACUAAAUGCUAGUCAUCAUCUGGAGACUGUACAAUACCUGGGAUUUUUAUUAAACUUUUUUUCUG